GUAAAGUCGAUGAGGCCACCUCGCAGACUGUACAAUAACUUCACGAACGUCAUAACAGCAUGGUAUAAUUUCGAUUUUGCGCUCCCUUGACGCUCCGGAAAAGGAGGCUUUACACUCAUUUGACAUCCGAAAAUGCAUUUUCACUUUCUUCUUGCCUCUGCGCUUUCCAUCUUCUCCGGCCUCGCAGAUGCCAGCGCAUCGUCGCCCACCUCGGACUAUCACGAGCAAUUACUCCUGAGGCCCCUUCCUCAAAACGCGCUCCUCGCCUCUUUCAAUUUCAAAAGUAACUCCAGUUCCUCGUCGUUUGAAAGCCAGAAUUUUAGAUAUUUCCCCCGCUCGCUGGGUCAGAUCCUACAACAUGCGCACACAAAGGAACUACAUUUACGAUUCAGCUCCGGACGAUGGGACGAUGAGAGCUGGGGCGAGAGGCCGCAUAGUGGUGCAAGGGAGGGUGGAACUGGCGUAGAACUCUGGGCCUGGGUAGAUGCAAGGGACGACGCGGAGGCCAACGCAAGAUGGUUAACACUGACGAAUGCGCUGUCUGGUUUAUUCUGCGCGUCCUUGAACUUCAUCGACUCCACCAGGACGAUACGGCCUGUCAUGUCAUUUGAACCGGAGGGAGUGCAUCCGAAGGGCGCGAUGGACAAUCUACAGCUCCUGCAUGGAACAUUACCACAUGAAGUUGUGUGUACCGAAAACUUGACACCUUUUCUCAAACUUUUGCCAUGCAAGGGCAAGGCCGGCAUAUCAAGUCUGCUGGAUGGUCACAAACUGUUCGAUGCCUCGUGGCAGACCAUGUCAAUCGAUGUCCUUCCUUUAUGUGACGAGCAGAGAGGUUGCGUCCUUGCAAUUGAGCAGAGCGUGGAUAUGGUUUUGGAUAUUUCCAGGUCGAAAAGGCCAAGAGAUAACCCAAUUCCUCGGCCCAUGCCAAUUGAAGAACUGGAAUGCGAUACUUCUAAGCCUUACCACGCAGAAGAUUCGUGUUUCCCUAUCCAGAAGACAUCCGAAGCAGCUUGGAGCCUUAGAGAGGUUUUUGGCCGUCCUAUCAAAGGUUCGUGUCCGCUUGGGGUAGUUGACGGCCAGCAACGUGAAACAGUAUGCAUCAAUGCCCCGCUUGAACGCAUUGUCGAGGUUCGAAGCGAUGUCCCAACUUCGUCCAGCCAGGAAGAUGAAAUGCGAUGCUUUGAGUUGCCAGAGAAUGUGGACUGGGACUUGGCAUUGCCUGAGCAGCCUCUUGAGAAACAAACCAGUCUGCAAAAACCUAAACUAUAUGCCGCCCGCUCCAUCAACGGAUAUGGACAGGAGCGCGGUAGUGUUCAAGUUGUUAUUUCAAAUCCUUCGGCCACUGAAGCGAUUGAUCUGGUCUACCUUGAGUCUUUGCCAUGGUACAUGAAACCAUACUUGCACACUUUGCGUGCAUCGAUUUCGGGGCCGGCAGCUACAUCGAACUUUAAGCCCGUCAAGGAGACAUUCUACCGUCCAGCUCUCGACCGUCACCGAGGCACACAUCUCGAACUACUCCUCACUAUUCCUCCAGAAUCGACAUUAACUCUCACAUACGAUUUCGAGAAAGCAAUCUUGCGAUACACAGAGUACCCACCUGAUGCAAAUCGUGGCUUCGACGUUGCCGCAGCUGUCAUUCGACUUCUUCCAUCAUCAAACUCAUCACGCAAAGACGUCUAUGUUCGGACUACGACUCUGCUGCUUCCGUUGCCAACACCAGAUUUCAGUAUGCCAUACAAUGUCAUCAUACUUACGUCAACAGUUAUGGCUCUAGGUUUUGGAAGCAUUUUCAACCUGCUUGUUAGAAGGCUUGUUGCUGCUGAUGAAGUUGGACCUGCGCCUAUUGCGCUAGCCAUUGUCCAGCUACGUGGAAAGCUAAGGACGGCGGCGCAGAGACUUUUAGGAAAGAUGAGGAAGUCGAGCGAGAAGAAAGUGCAGUGAUACCCUGUGUGAUAUAACGUGUUUAUUCCUCAAUAUGGAUAUCCUUUUACGCUGUUCGUUUCCUAGCGGGUUUCAACAAUUAUCUGAAGACUGGGGACAUAUGCGUUCGACUUCGCGGCUUUGCGGGUUGCGAAUAUCGUGGAAAUAGGGAUAUUUGACAGUCACAUAGACUCAACAUCUAGUUUCUGUGAUGGUGUCAUUGACGGCACUAAAUGCAGACCGCUAUAUAAAAUGUGGCCCCGUCUACAGUACAGCUUAUAGUUGAUGUGGAAGACAUAAAAGAAGAAAAGGGAGGUACUUAGGGAAAGACAGUAGCAAAUUCAUUCAACGCGAUAUCUUUCCGGUCCUGUAUGUUAAAUGCCACUCGAGCUACGAUUCACUUUGAAGGCAUGAUAAAGCCUGUUUCUGCAUAAAAGCAUAAAAUCCGAGACCGCAGAUGGCUGGCCAUAAGUUUGUAACAAAGAAUUUGACUUUAC